GUGCUGUCCAUUAAUGGUAACAUGUUGAAGUGCGUGUUAAUCUUCACGGUUUAGGCCUCCUUAUUAGCAGCACAGCAGACAAGAGAGGAACUUAUCCAGACAGCACAGCCGUAGCUUCAGCUCUUCACACGUACGCUCAGACGCUGUGGAUGCUUGUCCGUUUGUGACUAGGGCCUUUAUUCGUCUUGUGAGAAAUGGAGAAUACCGAAGAAGAUCCGCCGAUUGAUUUGGAGAGCCUCGAAAGCCCUCAAGGUCUUCUGUGGACCCUCUUCAACAGGAAGGGCAAAGGGAAGCCCAAUGGAAAGAAGCCGUCCGCCGAAGAGAAGAAGCUUUAUCUGGAGGCAGAAUACACCAAAGUGCGAGUGGUGGACUUCGAGCUCAAGGAGCUGGUGGUUUUGCCGAGAGAGAUCGAUCUGAACGAGUGGCUCGCGAGCAACACCACGACGUUCUUCAACCUCAUCAACCUGCAGUACAGCACGAUCUCUGAGUUCUGCACCGGAGACACGUGUCCGGCCAUGACCGCCUGCAGCACGACGUACUACUGGUAUGAUGAGAAAGGGAAGAAGACGAAGUGCACAGCGCCGCAGUACGUGGAUUUCGUCAUGAGUUCAGUUCAGAAGCUGGUGACGGAUGAAGACAUCUUUCCCACCAAAUACGGUAAAGAGUUCCCCAACACCUUCGACUCGCUGGUGAAGAAAAUCUGCAGGUAUCUCUUCCACGUUCUGGCCCACAUCUACUGGUCCCACUACAAGGAGACGGUGGCCAUGGACCUGCACGGACACCUAAACACACUCUACACACACUUCGUGGUAUUUAUAAGGGAAUUCAAUCUGAUGGACCCCAAGGAGACGUCGAUAAUGGAGGACCUGACGGAGGCCCUGUGCACGCCGCUGCCCCCUCAGCCACAGAACCACGUGACGGAGAGAUGAGUCCGGCGCCCAGCCGGGGUUCAGAAGAACUGCUGGGACUCACCCUCCCUGAACAUUGCUCUCUUUAGGACCCAGUUCAGAGCGCCGAGUGACCUCAGACGCAGCCGUCUAGCCCUUUAACCAAGAACACCCUGACUGUGUUUCCGCUCUCCUUCGCGUCUUCCCUCGUCUUUGGCCCCGUUUGAGCAGCACUUUCCCCUCUCUUGGUUUGAUAAGGGUGUCGGCCUGGUCCUUGUCUACGGUAUACAGGUUUCUUUUCCAUUUUUAUAGGGUAAAAGGGGUGUGUGUGUGUGUGUGUGUGUGUGUGUUCAAGGCUUUUGCACUCAGGAACUGAGAGAGCUGUCAAUGCUACCUGCUCACCAAUAAGCCUCUCGGUGUCACUUUACUCAUCAUAUAUCAAUCCCAUCAGACUUGUGUUGACCACUGUAGAGGAGAGCCGAGGAGAACCGGGCGGCCGGGACCUCGAGUGACAAAGACAUUCGCAUUUGUCUGCUGUUGAAUCCGAAGCGUCUGGGCUUGUAAUCAUGUCUGGCCUCACUCUGAAAGACAAUUUGUGAAAGGAAAAGAAUGUACACUUAGUGUCUAUGUAUGGAUUGCAAAGAUUAUUAUGUUGGAGCGACUGAGAGAGCGAGAGAUGUUUUAGUUCUCCCUUCAUCACUGUUCAGAGAGUUUGUGUUGAGACGAGAAGAUCGGACCUUUUCCUUUAAUUUAAUUUAUUUCUCGGUUUUCUUGUUUCUUUUCGUUUUUUGGUUUUAGUUGGCGUUUUUUCAGGGCUCCUCAGUUCUGGCUUUUGUUUUAUGUAUUUUAAUAAUACUUUAAGUUAAAAGCGAUUUAAUAUUUUAAGCUCUGCAAAUUAUAACCUAAUAAAAUAUUUAAAAAUCACAAAUAAUCGUAUGCAGUCUUUU